AAUAGAGCCACUUGUUUGUCUGCUUGGUCACAGGCAGAUGGAUUUCGCUCGAACACAAAGCGUGUGAGUACGUGAGUGUUGUUGGAGGUUAAGGUGGUUAGUUAAUGGUUUCUAAAUUGGGAUUUUGUCGGUUGUUGGAGGGUGAAUUUAAUGCACUGGCGUAGCCCGGUGGUUGCCUAGUAACGCGCUGGCAGUGGGCGCCGUAGAGAUCUCUAUGGUGGGCGCUCCAUUAAAACCGUUGGCGCUCCUGACCUUGGCGUCGUGAAUGCGCAAAGCACACAGACUGUGCAAAGCAGGGAGAUAAGAGUAAAAGAUCUAUUUGAUACUGAAAAUCGCGGGGAUAUUUUACACGCACAUCUCAUUGUCCUGCAUCGAAACUGACGGGCAUGGUAUGGAGGAAAUGUCGACAUGGAGCGCGUUUCAGCUUGUGUAAAAGCAGAUCUGGAUGUACUGCAAUGAACAGUGGAAGACUGGGUGGACCAUACCAGACUGAGGUGAAAUUGGAUUUGAUAACCAUUGGCGUCAAAGGCACAGUGAGUGAUGUGUGUUUGACAGGGUCAGUGCAGAGGGACUGAGUGGACACUACAGUGUGCAUUUGUUUUGUCCAAGGGCGCCAUACUGCCCAGACCAUGUGGCUGGCUACCUUUAGAGACCAUCUGUUGCCUGCACACCUGCUACAUCAGCAAGGGACUGUAACCAUCACCCACUGUGCUCUUCUUUGGUGGAUAUUAUGUUCCUGCUGGUCAUUCACCAAGGCUACAAGCCAGAAAUUCUACCCAACAGUGACCACCCAGUUUGGAAAACUGCGAGGCCUCAGGGUUCCCGUGGCCACAGAGGUCCUCAGGCCCGUUGAUCAGUAUCUGGGUGUCCCCUAUGCUGCCCCACCAGUGGGUGAGAAGCGUUUCAUGCCCCCAGAGCAGCCCUCCUCUUGGUCAGGUAUCAAGAAUGCCACACACUUCAUGCCUGUGUGCCCUCAGAACAUCCACAACACCGUGCCAGAGAUCAUGAUGCCCAUAUGGUUCACCUAUAACCUGGACAUAGUUGCCACAUACAUUCAGGAUCAGAGCGAGGACUGUUUAUACCUAAACAUCUACGCUCCAACAGAGGAUGGGAGCCAACACAAGAAAAAGGGGGCGACUUUCUCACAUGCAGAGACUCAUAUAUCUGAAGAUAUAAGGGACUCUGAAGCUCGACCGGUGAUGGUCUACAUCCAUGGAGGCUCCUAUAUGGAGGGCACCGGGAACAUGAUGGAUGGCAGCGUGCUCGCCAGUUAUGGGAAUGUUGUUGUUGUCACGCUCAACUACAGAAUUGGAAUAUUAGGCUUCCUCAGUACUGGUGACCAGGCAGCUAAAGGAAAUUAUGGACUCUUAGACCAGAUUCAAGCUCUGCGCUGGAUAAGCAAAAACAUCGGUUACUUUGGAGGAGACCCGGGCCGCAUCACAGUGUUUGGGUCUGGAAUUGGUGCUUCUUGCGUCAGCCUGCUAACACUAUCACACCACUCAGAGGGUUUGUUUCACAGAGCUAUCAUUCAAAGCGGCUCAGCCCUGUCCAGCUGGGCUGUCAACUACCAACCGGUCAAGUACACUCGCAUGCUGGCUGAGAGAGUUGGCUGCAACGUCUUGGACACUGUGGACAUGGUCUCCUGCCUGCAGAAAAAGAGCGCUAAGGAACUGGUGGAGCAAGAUAUCCAACCUGCCAGAUACCGUGUGGCUUUCGGCCCUGUCAUAGAUGGAGACGUCAUCCCAGACGACCCGGAGAUCCUGAUGGAGCAGGGAGAGUUUCUUAAUUAUGAUAUAUUGCUGGGUGUUAAUCAAGGAGAGGGGCUGCGCUUUGUGGAGAACGUGAUGGACUUGGAGGACGGUGUGUCUGGCAGUGACUUUGACUUUGCUGUGUCAGACUUUGUGGACAGUUUGUAUGGUUAUCCAGAAGGGAAGGACACACUGAGGGAGACUAUUAAAUUCAUGUACACAGACUGGGCUGACAAGGACAACCCAGAGACCAGGAGGAAGACUCUGGUGGCUUUGUUCACAGACCACCAAUGGGUGGAGCCAUCUGUGGUGACAGCUGACCUUCACGCCCGCUACGGCUCACCCACCUACUUCUACGCCUUCUACCACCACUGCCAGAGCCUCAUGAAGCCUGUAUGGUCAGACUCAGCGCAUGGAGAUGAGGUGCCUUAUGUGUUUGGCAUCCCAAUGGUGGGCCCGACUGACCUGUUCCCCUGCAACUUCUCCAGGAAUGACAUUAUGCUCAGUGCUGUGGUUAUGACAUAUUGGACCAACUUCGCCAAAAGUGGGGAUCCAAACAAGCCGGUUCCACAGGACACCAAGUUCAUCCACACCAAGGCCAACCGCUUUGAGGAAGUGGCCUGGUCUAAGUACGACCCCUACGACCAGUUAUACCUGCACAUUGGGUUGAAGCCUCGUAUCCGGGAUCACUACCGCGCCACCAAAGUGGCCUUUUGGAAACACCUGGUACCACAUCUCUACAACCUCCACGACAUGUUCCAUUACUCUUCUACCACCACUAAGGUCACCCCACUGGACCCCACACAGUCCAACGGUAAGAGGUCUGGUAGUACUGGGCGGCCUCCUGUGUCUACUGCCCACAGCGGGGGCGAAGGAGGGAGGGAGAUGGGUCCACUGAUCAUGCCAAACCCCAGAGAUUACUCCACAGAGCUCAGCGUCACUAUAGCUGUAGGGGCGUCAUUGCUUUUCCUCAAUGUCCUGGCAUUCGCUGCUCUCUACUACCGCAAGGACAAGCGCAGUCGGCAGGACACGUCCCAGCAGCCCAGUCCCCAGCGUGACAGCAAAGGCAACAACGUGAGCCACAUCGCCAGUGUAGACGAGACCUUGUCAUCCCAGCAACGGAACCAGUGUGAAGCCCUUCACAACCCGCUUCACGUGUCUCCCAGCUUGGACUACUCACUCAGCCAGCGGCGUUCUCCUGACGACAUCCCUCUGAUGACACCCAAUAACAUCACCAUGAUUCCCAACUCCCUGAUGGGCCUCUCCAACAUGAGCCCCUACAGCACCUUCCCCGCUGGUUACAGCUCAGCAGGCCUGCCCAGCACCCACUCUACCACACGGGUAUAACCUGGCAGGUGACAGGUAGAUGUAGAGAACUGUGGCGUACUUAAAACAUGGAAAUGUAAAGCUGUAUUUAGGAUGUGUAGGUAAAAUAGUUUAUCUGUUUUGUCUUUUCCAAAGGUGUACAACCUCCAACAUUCUGCCUUUGCUCUCUCAUGAUAGGAAGUCUAACUGCAGUCAUUUUAUAAUAAUCAUGUUCAAAGGCAGUCAAAAAGAAAAAGUGCAUUUCAUUUUCCACUUUGGCUUUUUUGGAACUUUACCUAGCAAGAACUUAGUAUAAUGUUUAUACAGUUGGAUUUGUAUGGGAAGCUUUUUCUUACUCUGUGAUAUCUAUUUUGAUCCCCUGCAGUAUGUGGAACAAAGUGACAUUACAACUCAUGGUGGACAGAGAUCUGGGAAAAGCUGAAAAACAGUAUUAUUAUGAUUAUUAUUAUUAUCAUCAUCAAGCUAUUUUAUACAUAUUUCUCAUGGUACAUUGCUUAUUAUUAAAUUGUAUUUUUACUGUAAUUACUUUAAAAUGCCUUGUAACUCGCUCACGUAAGGAUUUUCUGUGGAAUCAUGACAACAUUGGAUUGAAAUUUUACUCAAAUGCUGGUUACUCAUGUGGUAAAAAUAUCCAGUUUAUCAAAAAUAUUUCUAUCUGGUGAUGCAAAAUACAACACCCCCGCGUGUGAGAGUGUGUGUGUCUGUGUGGGUGUGUGUACUAAGAAGUGCGCUACAAAAGUGUAAAUUAGGCAUUGUUUAAAAUUAACCAUUCAGUUUUAGUGUUGUGUAAUCUAUUGUAGUCUAUUUGAGUAUCCUUGCUAUAUUUUUGUUUUGCGUGUCUAUAAUUUUGUUCAAGACAUUAUAGGACUAUAACUUCUGCUUCACUAUAAAAGAAUUGCUUAUAAAUGUGUUUUUCAACUCUAACUCAUGGUUCUUUUGGCUUGGCUUGUUUGUACAGAAUAACUUAGACCAGCGUUUUAUUUGUUGUUUGUUUAUGAAUAAUGUAAGGUCUUCAGAAAGAUUACUGUAACUACAUUGUAAUUGUAUGUAUUCCAACUCAGUUAUUCACAUUUAAAAAGGAGUUUUAUUAAACUUACAGAUAAUCGCUCCUUCUCCAUGUGGUUUGGACCCUGUUCGUAUGAAGAUAUAUCCAGGGGUCACUCUUUACUGAAUGGACAUGAUGGACAUCAAGCUUUGAGAUUUGAUUUCUUUGAACCUAUCAUAAUGUUGUUUAAUCUAAAUGAGCCGACUAUUAAAAGAUUUUUGGAACUAAA